AGGAAAUAUCUACAGUCAACAGCGUUUUCCUUGCCCAAGAGGAAGCGUUUCCCCGCCAUGGCGUCGGCUUUUCCCUGUCUUUUAACGCUCCUUGUGACGUUUGUGUUUCUGUGCUCUGCCCAGUCGGUCUGUAAGCCACCGUCAGACGAGAAAUGUGUGUGUAAUUGUAACCCGGUAACGACUUGCAAAAACGACGACGCGCUGAACACAGAGCUGAAGCAGCUCAAAACUACCAUGGGCCAACUCAUGCAGACCAUGUCGGACUGGCGGAACGAAACCGCAUCCCUGGUUGUCUCGAUGGAACAGCUCUUACAGGAGAAGAAUAAAACUCAACAGCUUCAGUCAGAGUCCGACGCUAGAGGCAGAAGGAUCCAGGAAUUGGAGCAACGGAACUGCACCAAACAAAGUCCUAGUACGUCAUGCUAA